GCAUAUUUGAAGAAGGAUCGGUUUGGGUUGGUUGGUUUAGGUGGGUGGGGUCAAUGAUGCGAGACUGUAAGAGAUGAUUCAUGAAACAUUAUUAGCGAGUGGCGACAUGGUGUGGGGUCGAAUUACUGUCGACCAUCCAUACUUUCUCUUGUCUGAGGGAGACGCAGAAAGAACAGAACAAGGGGAACAAAAAAAGCUGCAGGAAAGGAAAGAGAGCUUCCAAAUGGUAUUCCUUAUUCAUCAAAUAUCAUCUUCCUCACUUCUUGUUCGGCAAUGCUCCAUCAACAGCAGCAGCAGCUCUUCUUCUGCUACUCCUCCUUCCUUCUUCCCAUUCCCCAGGGUAGGAUUACCUACCGGCAACAUGGGUUUCAGAUGCUCCGCCGAGAACCAACCGAGCACAAGCAAGGCUGUGAUCUUACGGCAUCUGUUAUCUGGCCUUGCAGCUUCUUCAUUGCUUCUCUCCCAACAACCUAAUGAGGCUCUUGCCGCAGGAGACAAGAUCACUCUCCCAAUUGAGGAGACCUCUUCUGGAGAUGGGAUGCUGAUGAAGAUGAGGGGUAUGAGUGCCAAAAACUUCGACCCCGUUAGGUAUUCGGGGAGGUGGUUUGAGGUAGCUUCCCUCAAGCGUGGAUUUGCUGGACAAGGCCAGGAAGAUUGCCACUGCACUCAGGGGGUUUACACGUUUGAUAUGGAGGCACCAGCCAUCCAAGUGGAUACAUUCUGUGUCCAUGGAGGCCCCGAUGGGUACAUUACGGGGAUAAGAGGGAGAGUGCAGUGCAUCCCCGAGGAAGAUUUGGAGAAGAACGAGACAGAUUUGGAGAAGCGAGAGAUGAUCAGAGAGAAAUGCUACCUUCGUUUCCCAACACUGCCAUUCAUCCCCAAGGAGCCUUAUGAUGUCAUCGCUACUGAUUAUGACAACUUUGCUCUUGUUUCUGGUGCCAAAGACAAGAGCUUUAUUCAGAUAUACUCGAGGACGCCUGACCCUGGGCCGGCGUUCAUCGAGAAGUACAAGACGUAUCUGGGGGAAUUCGGGUAUGAUCCAAGCAAAAUAAAGGACACCCCGCAGGACUGUGAAGUGAAAUCAAUGGGGGAGCUGUCGGCAAUGAUGGGGAUGCCAGGGAUGCAGCAGGCUCUAACAAAUCAGUUUCCUGAACUAGGGUUGAAUUCUUCUGUUGAGUUUAAUCCAUUUACUAGUGUGUUUGAGACAUUGAAGAAGCUACUUGAGCUCUACUUCAAGUAGAAACUCCUUUGCUUUUCAAUAUUUUCUCCUUUUUUAGUUGGAGGAAAAAAUGUAUGGAAUUAUC